CCGUGCUCCCUGCCCGCACUGUCUGUCUGUCUGAUCGCCCAGCCGCCCGCCGCCCGCCGCCCGCCGCCAUGCCCCUCCAGUUCGAGCUCUGCCCCGGCCGCAUGAUUGGUGCCGACAACCCGUGCUUCAUCAUCGCCGAGAUCGGCCAGAACCACCAGGGAGACCUGGCCAUCGCCAAGAAAAUGAUCCGCAUGGCCAAGGACUGUGGUGCCGAUUGUGCUAAGUUCCAGAAGAGUGAGUUGGAGUGCAAGUUCAACAAAAAAGCCCUGGAACGUCCAUACAACUCUCCUCAUGCUUGGGGAAAAACAUACGGCGAGCACAAGCGCCACCUGGAGUUUACUCAUGACCAAUACAGAGAGCUACAAAAGUAUGCACAGGAAGUAGGGAUUUAUUUUACAGCUUCUGGGAUGGAUGAGAUGGCUGUGGAAUUUCUACAUGAGCUAGGGGUUCCUUUUUUCAAAGUAGGCUCUGGAGACACAAAUAACUUCCCCUAUUUAAAGAAAACAUCUGAGAAAGGUCGACCUAUGGUAAUCUCUAGUGGAAUGCAGUCAAUGGAAACUAUGCGUCGCGUUUAUAAUCUUGUAAAAUCAAGUAAUACAAAUUUCUGCAUUCUUCAGUGUACUAGUGCUUACCCACUUCUUCCAGAAGAUGUCAAUCUCCGCAUAAUAACCGAGUAUCAAAAACUUUUCCCUGACAUUCCAAUUGGUUACUCUGGUCAUGAAACCGGCACUACUAUCACAGUGGCAGCAGUUGCCAUGGGUGCCAAAGUGGUUGAACGUCAUGUGACUUUGGACAAAACCUGGAAGGGAAGUGAUCAUCAGGCCUCACUAGAGCCAAAUGAAUUUGUUGAACUGGUCCGCUCAAUACGGCUUGUAGAAAAGGCAAUGGGUAGUUCUGUAAAACGUCUCUUGCCAUGUGAAGUGGCCUGCCACAACAAGCUUGGCAAGUCUGUGGUAGCUAAAACCAGGAUCCCAGCGGGCAGCGUGCUCACCCUGAACAUGUUGACUGUGAAGGUUGCAGAGCCACGUGGUUUCCCUCCUGAAGAAAUUUUUGACCUUGAAGGCAAAACUGUUAAAAGGGAGAUCGCAGAGGAUGAAUCUGUUACAGAAGAAGCAAUAGAAAACUACAACACCAGAACUAAAUGUUAAAUGAAUUGAGGGUAUGACUGUAAUCUGUGGGUUUUUAACGCUCCUGUCACCUUUAUACCUUACCAAUACAUGUUGUGUAGAAUCUUACACAUGCACAGGUUGUUGGAUCUUUUUGUACGGAACAUUCAGUGGCAUGCCAGAUCGUGUUGCUGUACUAGAUCUGUAAUUUCUGUACAAGAGAAAAUACUGUUUAUUGUAAAGCUUUGAAAUACUGCAUGGCAAUCAAUGUUUUGUUAGACUUCUAUUUUCUCCAGAUAAUGGUAAAUCACAAUUUGUGGACAACUUUUUGUAGUACGGUUUCUAUAGAUGCAAAAAAUAUCCAGAUGGCUACUUUGCUAUAGGUUGUGCUUCCUUGAGAUGAAAAUGCACUUUGUAAAUUUUAAAGAAUCUUGUGACCGUUUUUUCUUGUCCUGAAGAAUUGUUUUCCAUACGGUUAUAAAUCAAAUUUGAGUUGCACGUACAUAUUUGUUUAACCCAUCUGAGCUAAUAUUUGCUUUUAAAACAUUCUUCCACUAGCCAUUUAGAAAGGCUAGUUUUUUUCAAACUAGUCAUAACGAACAAGCACUUGUUUGAACACAACUCCCUAAAUCUUGAGCAGAUGAUGGCCUUUAAUAAAUGAGGAAGGCUAACCAAUAUCACAAUUACUACAGUUUGCCUGUGAGAGCCGCUUCUACGCUGCCUUUUGCAUAGAAUUUUAUGGUUUUUGUAGGAACUACUAUAGUGAUCUACUGAAAUUGUAACGUUUUGUUUUCCCUCACUAUAUACGGCUUAUGGCUUACUACCACCAGUUUAGGAUCUAUGACUAGUUUGUCCAUGCAUGUGUAAUCAAACUUACAAAGAAAUCGCCUCUGAUUAAACCAAUGGAACUUUUGUGUUGUGCAAACGUGUUAUCGGUUGCAGAAUCUUUUGGCCAGUUAAUUAAUGCAUGUUAAUUUCAGCCAAAAUACAUUUUCAUGUUUUCUGUAUACAGGUUCUGAAUGGAUUGAUAUGGAAUGGUACCUAACCUAUUUUUUACAGUCUUGAUCCUGGCACUUUAUGAAUGAGGUUUUCUGAUUUAAACAAUGCUUUAUGAAAAGGAUUAUGCUAUUUUGGCAUACUUGUGAUUAAAAAGCCAAACAAAAUGUAAA